AUGGCCCCGGCGUCGCCCGCCAUGAACCCCUCCGGGCUCGGGGCGCGUGGCGGGGACGGCGCGGGGCCCGGCCCGCUGCCCUUCAGUGUGGAGUCGCUGCUGGAGGCGCAGCGCCGGCUGGGCCCGGAGCCCGCGGCGCCCCGGGAGGAGGAGAGGCCGCGGGGCGCGGCGGAGUCCGGGGCCAGGUGCCCGCCGGCCGCCCGCCCGUCCUCCCCACGCUCCCCCAGUCCUCCGCCCUGCACCCUCCGAAAACACAAGAACAACCGCAAGCCGCGGACGCCCUUCACCACGGCGCAGCUGCUGGCGCUGGAGCGCAAGUUCCGCCAGAAGCAGUACCUGUCCAUCGCCGAGCGCGCCGAGUUCUCCGGCAGCCUGAGCCUCACCGAGACGCAGGUGAAGAUCUGGUUCCAGAACCGCCGCGCCAAGGCCAAGCGGCUGCAGGAGGCCGAGCUGGAGAAGCUGAAACUGGAGGCCAAGCCGCUGCUGCCCGCGUUCGCCCUGCCCUUCCCCCUGGGCGCCCACCUUCCCGGCUCCCCGGGCGCUUACGGCGGCGCCGCGGGCACCCUGCCUCCGGUGCCAGGACUCUUCGCAGCGCCCGUCACCGCUUACGGCGUGUAUUACCUCUCCUAG